GCUGUGGUAGGAGCCAUCUUAACUGAGUCACUGAGGUUUUGAGCUGAGGUUUUGGAUCCUCCCUGACUGUUGGAGCGUGAGCAGAGUUGGGAGCCAGAGCUCCACUUUUUCCUCCCCAGUGCAGAGAGACGGCACGCCAGGCACGAGGCUCCCCACUCCUCCGCUCUCUCUCGCUCUGCCUUUUCCUGGGCUCAUGUCCAGAGAGUGACUGGCUCCAGUGGACCCAAGAGGAGGGACGCAGCCUGAGGAUACAGUACAGCAGCUCCAGCCCUGCCUGCCUGCCUGCCUGCCUGCCUGCCUGCCUGCCUGCCUGCUGGGACAGACAAAUACAUUGAGGUUUCUACAAAUCAGCAGCUCCUUCACCUGGGAUUCACUUGAUUUACUUUAUAAUUUUUUUUUUUUAUCCUCUCAUCAGAUCAGAAAAGCCUGGAUCUGAGCUGGGCAUACAGACAGACAAACAAAAACAGACGGACUGGCAUAUGGACAGAGAGCAGUGGGCACUGCGGCGUGAAUGUAGCAACUGGACUUCUCUUCUCCCUGGUUACUAAGACCAAACAAGGAUAAUCGCCAGAGCACUAUCCUGUCCACCGAGGUGGUGGGUGGAUGCAGCUUUCAGCAGGCUGCUAUAGGCGAAAGCAGUGACUGUAUAGAAGCUGCAGAGAAAGCAGCUAGUUGAUCCACACUCACAAAAAAAGGGACCGUUGCCUUCAGGUAGACUUCAGUUGGAUGGUCAUCUCUUAUUGAACUUGUAGGGCAAAGGAACUGUCUCCCUCCUCACGGACUUAUGUUGAGUGGACUUCUCUCAAGAUUUCUGCGCAGAUGGAAGGUGGAGUGCGUGUGUCAGUGAGGAUGGCAGAGUGCACGAGGACUGUGUGUCUGACUCUUAUGCUGCUGUAUAUUGUUCUGCUGGGCACGGCUCACACAGCCCACAGCAUCUACCCGAGGAUACGGCUCUCCCACAAAGAGCUUUGGCAGUUGAACAGAACCUGGGUGUUCCAGGGACAUGGAGCGUCUCUUCAGCCUCAGACCAUGCUGCUGGACGAGGGCCACGAGAGGCUUUACGUCGGUGCCAAGAAUACCCUGUUCUCCCUCAGCCUGGACCGGGUUAACACUCACCAGAGAGAGAUCCAGUGGGCCAGUACAGAAUCUCAGAUAGAGGAGUGUCUGAUGAAAGGGAGGGAAAAGCCCGAGUGCGCGAACUACAUCAAGGUCCUGCAAAAGUACAACCAGACCCAUUUGCUGGUCUGCGGAACAGGAGCCUUUAACCCCAUCUGUGGCCUGGUCAGAGUGGGACACACGGGGCAGAACAAGCAGUUCACUCUUGAAGAAGACAGUAUAAUAAGCGGCAGAGGGCGCUGCCCGUACGACCCCAACAGCCCCUGCACGUCUACGCUCUCCAGAGGAGAGCUGUAUAUUGGCUUGUACACUGACUACUGGGAGAACGAUGGCGCUUUGUGUCGACUCAACAACCAGACCUACACGCGCACUGAGAGAGAUGACAGGCAGCAGCUCAGCGAGCCCAAGUUUGUGGGGUCAGCAGUUAUUCCUGACAACGACGACAGGGAUGAUGAUAAAGUCUACUUCUUCUUCACUGAGCGGGAGACGGACGGUGAGGGAGCGAACAAGGCCGUCUACACUCGUGUGGGACGGGUCUGUGCGAAUGAUCAAGGAGGACAGAGGAUGCUGGUGAAUAGAUGGAGCUCCUUCCUGAAAACUCGUCUCAUCUGCUCCGUGGCCGGGCCGAACGGCAUCGAUACACACUUUGAUGAUCUCGAGGAUGUGUUCGUGCUGAAGAACAAAGAUGGAAAAAACCCAGAAAUCUUUGGCCUCUUUAGCACGACUAGCGCCGUGUUCAAAGGCUAUGCAGUGUGUGUCUAUCGCAUGGAGGACAUCAGAGCAGCCUUUAACGGUCCGUUCGCCUUCAGAGAAAGACCCGAGCAUCACUGGACGCCUUACGAGGACAGAGUCCCUUACCCUCGACCUGGAUCAUGUGCCAGCAAGGUGAACGGAGGCGGCUUCUCCAGCUCUAAGGAGUUUCCUGAUGAGGUUUUGAGGUUUGUGCGGUCUCAUCCUGUGAUGUAUCGCCCGGUCCUUCCUCAGCACCGCAGACCUGUGCUGCUGCAGACGGAGCCGGGCAGGAGGAAGCUGACCCAGAUCGCCGUGGACAGAGUCCAGGCACAGGACGGACACUACCACGUUCUCUACAUUGGCACUGACGACUCAGUGGUGUUGAAAGUUAUCACCAUCUACAACAAAGACACAGACACCAUGGAGGAGGUGCUGCUGGAAGAGCUGCAAGUAUUCAAGCUGCCAGCGCCAAUACGAGAGAUCAUCAUAUCACCUAAAAGGCAACAGCUGUAUGUGGGAUCAGAAGUGGGCGUGGCCCAGGUCAGACUGCAUCAGUGUGACCUCUACGGCUCUGAAUGUGCUGACUGCUGUUUGGCCCGAGACCCGUACUGUGCCUGGGAUGGUCUCACCUGCUCCAGAUACUACCCUGCUGGAGUCUACACCAAGAGCAGACGAUUCAGGCGGCAGGAUGUUCGCCAUGGCAACGCCGUCCAGCUGUGCAACGGGCUGCAAAUUGACGAUGAACAAUGGCAGAGAGCCGAGGAGAGGCUGGUGUACGGCGUGGAGAGCAACAGCACUUUACUCGAGUGCGUCCCUCGAUCACUUCAAGCCAAGGUCCUCUGGUUCUUACAGAAAGGAGGAGAGAGACACGAGGUUCGAGGUGAUGAGCGGGUUAUCUUGACCUCACACGGGCUGCUGUUCUUGCGUGUGAAGAGCUCCGACGCCGGCGUGUACGUGUGCCAGACUGUAGAGCACGGAUACGUCCACACGCUGUUACGCGUUUCGCUGCAAGUGCUCAGAGGCGAGAGGGUGGAGUCGGCGAUCCACAGGCCUAAUGAUGAGGGAGGAGAGAAACCUGCAGCUCUGUGUCACUCCUCGCUGGGCCCCCAACCAGGCCCCAGCAUUAGCCCCAGGGCUCUGUUGCCCUCCUCGCUGCCGGGCCCCCACUCCAGGCUGUGGUACAAGGAGUUCCUCCAGCUGAUCGGCUAUGGGGACGCCCAGAGAGUGGAGGAGUACUGCGAGAGAGUGUGGUGCUCGGAUAAGAAGCGCAAAAAGACCAAACGGAAGUACAUUGCUCCGACUGGCGAGAAGCGAGGGAAGGGGAGAGCGGAGGAGAACUCCCACCGAGCGCCCCGGCACACCGUGGGCACCUGAGGAGACCGACCGCACACACACAAAUACACACACACACACAUACACACACAGUCUAAAGGUCAGACUUCACUCUGUGUUUGCACCAUGUAAAAGGUUUUCACUUUGCUUUCAACAAGAGCAGUUACAGAAAAAAAA